AUGCCCAAGAACAAGCUUGGAGGUAACAAAGCCAAGCGCGCUAAAGCUGAUGCGCAGAAGGUGAAGAAGGAACUCGAGUUCAAGGAGGACGGCCAGGAGUAUGGACAGAUAUUGCGCAUGCUUGGCAACGGCCGUUGCGAGGUGAGCUGCUUCGACGGCGUCAAGCGUCUGUGCCACAUUCGAGGGAAGAUGCGAAAGAAAGUCUGGGUCAACCAGGGUGACAUUGUGCUGGUAUCCCUGCGAGAUUUCCAGGACGAAAAGGGCGACAUCAUCGUCAGGUACACGCCCGACGAGGCUCGCAACUUAAAGACGUACGGCGAAUUGCCUGACACCGUGAAGAUCAACGAGACGGACAUAGUGGACGAGCUCAGCGAGGAUGGCGUGGAGUUUGACGAAUCUGCUGGGGUCAACAUCAACGAUAUUUGA